AGAGACAUAAAUCGUGAGAUUCUGAUACGUAAAUAAAGAUUUUAGACCUUAAUAAUGUAGUGUUACGGACGUAAAUGUUCGUAAGAUUUUGACAACGGUAGUGCAUUGUUGUCGACUGUACUAUUAUAAGUGGUUUGCGUUGGUUUGUGAUGCGAUUUUGCUUGCGUAUUUUGCACCAAGGAAUAAAAUUAGUAUAUUAUAAUAAAAGCCGGCAGCUUCCUUAAAUUAUGUGUUAAAAACAUAAUGUAUUGAUUUUACUUACCUCCUUGUUCAAAUAAAAAUCGCAUUUACGUUCUGAAAAUGGAGUACCAUUUUAACGAUUUGUGUAUGCCAGCCGAUCAUCUUUUAACGGAUCCAUACGCAGCAGAAUACACUCCGCAGUACAUCAUGCCUUCACAGGAAGGGGAAUAUGAAGUGCGGAGCUCUAUACUGGUGGAUGGUGGAGACAGGUUUGGUGUCUCCGCUGUGCAGUUCGACAAGUUUGAGGAGCUAAUCUGGAUGGGUAAUCAGGGGGGCCAUGUGACAUCAUACUACGGUCCAGCAAUGCAGAAGUACACGUCCUUCCAAGUCCACGAGUCUGAAGAAGUGCGGGAUAUACUCACCAUGGAGAAUGGUAUUUAUGCACUGACAAAAACGUCGCUACGCCAUCAAAUACGAAGAGGAAUACCUAAACAUACUCACAGAUCGCGCAACAUGACAGACAUGCAGUGCCUGUACCAAGUGAAUUCUACCAAGCUAAUGAUGGGUGGGCAUCAGGCCAAGUUGAUUGAUCUGGACCUUACCAAGCUGGUGGAAACUGUUAUUCCGAUACAAGAAGAAGGCUGCGCCGUGCUCCGUGGCGGAGGGAGCUCCUUAGUCGCUUGCGGCAGCGCCAGCGGCUCCGUGAGCCUCCGCGACCUGCGGAGCCCUACAACAGCGCAGCACACGUUCCGGGCGCACUCCGCCUGCCUCUCCGACUUGGACAUGCAGGGCGAUCUGCUCAUCACGUGCGGGUUCCAGUCGGUAAACGGCGUAGCAGUGGCGGAGCCCUACGUGGUUGUCUGGGACGUGCGCCGCCUGCGCGCCGGCGCGGCCAGCGAGGCGGCCUGGUCGUGCGCCCCGGCCGCGCCGCCGCUGCUGCUGCACUACCUGCCCGCCUUCUCCGGCCGCGCCGUGGCUCUGUCCGGCGACGGACACGUCACGCUCCUGCACGUCAACUCUAGUGAUGAUAACCACUCCGUUUUCCAAGUGGACACCCAAUCCUCCCCCUGCAGUGUGAUGGACGUGUCGGCCACAAGCCAAGCUCUCGUCUUUGGUGACCAAGCAGGACAUUUGCAUCUGUUCUCACCUCAGCAUAAUCAUGAGCCUGUAUUCAAUAAUUUCUCUAGAGCCACAGAGUUUGCCGACGCCCCUCCAAGCCUUCCCUUCGCGGGCCCGACCGAUACAACGUUCCAGUUCUCGUCCGUGCCCCUCCCCCCGCUGGGCGCCGGCCCGAGGUGGUUCAAUGAACUGCCCCCUGCCUUCUUCAGGAAGGGAUACAGGAAACCAAAACCGAUAGACCCAGAGGUUCUCAACACCAUGAAAAUGCAGGGUCCGAUCGGCUACGCUCCAAACCCUAGAACUUUCAAAAGAAACCAGAUGCCCUACAUAGAAGACACUCUUGAAGACCUGUUCACUGCCAAAGUGACAGAAAACAAACUUACAAACCAACCCGUGCCCAAGCACUAUCAAAAGACCGAUGGUCGUUACACCAAGCAAGAAAGUGAAUCGAGCAACAAGCCCGGCCUCCCAGGAUUGGAGGCUAUUUUACCCAAUUCAUACUGCAACUCUAUGCUUCAGGUUCUGUACUAUACUCCUGCUGUGAAGGCAACGUUGCUGGCCCACACUUGCGCAAAGGAGUUUUGUCUCAGCUGUGAAUUAGGCUUCCUGUUCCGAAUGCUCGACUCAUCCGGCGGCGCGGCCUGUCAGGCAGCUAAUUUCCUUCGAGCCUUCCGCACAGUUCCCGAGGCCGCCGCUCUAGGCCUCAUCCUGCCUGACAGGCAGGACUCACAGGACCUGCAGGCAUUGAUACAGAGCUGGAACCGCUUCAUACUUCACCAGAUGCACUACGAAAUCCUGGAAACACGAAAGAAGGAGAAGGAGAUGGCCCUCCUCGCCAGCAGCUCUCCUCCCGCGACCAGGGGCGGCGCGCCCGCGCCCGUCGCGCCGCCCGCCGCGCAGGUGAACGGCUAUCCGGAAGAAUAUCAAUACGCAGAGCUGGAGUUCCUUGGUCCCAGCACGGAAUUCGAAGAUGGCGAACCGAGAGAAGACGGCUGGCAUAACUUGAGUCAGGAGGAAGCCUUGUUUGGUCCUGUGGAAUACUCAGUGUCUCAAGAUUCUCAACUCAACAAGGUGAACGACGAGCUCCCGAACCAGCAAGUGGACAGAGAAGAGUCGGACAUAUCUCAGCUCUUCGCUAUCGGCCGACACCAGCUCAACCGCUGCUUGAAGUGCAAUAAAGAGGAGGAGCGUUCAUCAGUGGUCCUAGCCUGCGCUCUCCAAUACCCUAUGGGCUCCAAUUCAGCGCGGGGCUUCGCGGAGCUCGUGCGCGCCUCCCUCGCGCCGCGCCGCGCCACGCCGGCCUGGUGCGAGCAGUGCGCCCGCUUCACGCCCACACAGCAACAGGGCCGGGUCAUACGAUUACCACCGAUACUCGCGAUAAACUGUGGCGGUGUCACUGCUCACGAGAAGGCCUAUUGGGCUAAAGGCACGCCAAAAGAGACGCCGGACUCGACGAAGCGCGGUAGCAGCGGCAAGCCGUGCCGCUACGGCGUGCAUUGUGCGAGGCCGGGGUGCCGCUUCAAACAUCCGGACAGACCGAGCCCAUCCCAAGGUUCGUCCAAGAGCCCCGACUCUCAUUGCGUGUUGCCGCAACAGCUGCUGGUCAGGCUGCAGUCCGAUGGCGACGUUAUUAUCAAUGAUAAGAACGACGCAUCGAACGACAACCGAGAUAAACACAAGAAGAAGCAAAUGACAACCAUUUCCGAAGAAGAGUACAAUCUCUCCGCUGCCGUUAUAUGCGUUGAAGACAACCCCAAGAAUCUGGUCGCUUACGUGCAGAUAGGGGAAGAGUGGCACAUGUUCAACGACGUUAGCAUAACCCCAGUAUCAGCGUCAGAAGUGGUCCAAUUCAGCGCGUGGUGGAAAACGCCCUGCGUGCUCUUCUACUCGUCGACGAGCCUCAAGCAGGAGGAGUCAUAGCCGACCGAGUAUGGACCUUAUAGCGACGAGCCUGUAGGUCCAUACAACAUGAACCAAAUGUUCUACCAAGUCAUCGCAGAAGGACAUUACAGUAUGUACAAUGAGUCGUAGCGGAUAUUGAACCGUAAUGCAACGUGGUAAGGAGGAAAUUUGAACAAAAUCAAGUGAAACAUUUAAAUUAUGAAAUUUUAGAUUAAGUCGAAAUUAUUUUAGUGUGAUCGUGGUAAAGGCGAAACUUUCGUUUCUUUUUUUUAAAUAUUAAAGAUGUAGAUACAUUAAAUUUGUACAGA